CAACUCCUCAGCACACACGUGCAGCUUUCGAGGAAUUUUGUUUUAGUUGUUUUGACUAGAUUAAACUAAUUGUUAUAAUUUAAUACAAUGACGAACCUUGUGAAAAAAGAACCCCAAGAAGGGGGCAAGCAUCAACUGCACAAUGUGCGCUUCUACACAAUAAAACCGCGUGGUAUUACCAGUUUGGCAUACAGCAAGUCGAGCAAGUGCCUCGCGUUGAGUCGGGAAACACCCGUCAUAGAGCUAUGGAAUAUGGAGUACACUCCUUAUCUGGAUCGCACCAUUCACCUCUCUUCAGAUGUUGCAGUGGAAGCCCUAGCUUGGGCGGGAAAUCGCCUGUUUUCCGUGGAUCUCUCGGGCCAACUGAUAGAAUGGGACUUGGUAAACCUCAAGCCACGCUACGAGCACUCGCCCACGGGCAACUCACUCUGGUGCCUAGACAUAAAUGCCGCGGAAACGGAACUCGCCGUGGGCUCUGAGGAGGGUCACAUCAACAUCCUGAGCAUCGAGAACGACGAACUCACCUACAAGUCGCUGUUCAACAAGCAGAAGGGUCGCGUCAUCUGCCUGAAGUAUGACAAAUCGGGAAAGAAGAUGGUAACCGGCACCGAGGGAUGUGUCCGCAUUUGGAACGUCCUCAAGGGAAACAUUCUGCACACAAUGACUCUGUCGGCCAAGGAUGUGACUGUAUGGUCCUUGCUAUUCCUAUCGGAUAAUACCAUCGUAUCCGGCGACUCGGCAGGACUUGUGACCGUUUGGAAUGCGGACAAUGCCACGCAGAUCGAUUGCAGCCGAGUGCUGGACAAAAACGUAUUCGCCUUGGACGUUAACGAGAAGGAGGAUCGCCUGGUUUGCAGCGGAAUGCAUCCACCUCUAAUACGGAUUUUCAGCAAAACCCAAAUCAAGCGUGAGGAAUCCACUUGCGAACGCUGGGUCAAGUUUCUGCAGCGCGACGCCCACAAACACUAUAUAAAGUCCCUGGUGGUCAUCAAUGGCCGCAUUGUCUCCGGUGGCCAGGAUGGUAUAUUGACCAUUACCUCCAGCGAAAGGAUGCAGGCGCAUCUGUCGCAGCAUGCCCCCUUCCUCAAAGGAUCGGUAACCUCGGUGGCGGUCAGUGAAAAGCUAUUGCUCCUGCGGUAUCCCCACAGCCUGCACCUGUGGCGCCUUGGUACUGUGGCCCCCGCUGACGAGGAGAAGAAGAAGAGGCAAUGGAAGCUGCCAGUGGGUCACACGGAAGAGUUGCUUUUGGAAAAUCCUCCCCAGAAACUACUUGAACUGAACGUCAAGGAGAAGAACUUUAUUCAGGCCAGCGCCAUUUCUCCGGAUGCUCACUGGAUCUGCUACUCCACCUUAAAGGAAGUCCGUCUAAGUCGUUUCAAGACCGAACCCCUGUCGGUGGAUCGCCUGGUGGACAAUAUUCCCGCGGAACUCCAGCCAGCCAGCCACAUAGUCUUCACCAAACAGGGAAAAUUGGCCCUGCUUCAUCCCCAUAACAACCAUCUGAGUUGGUUUACCCUGAAGGAGGAUCGCGUCAUCUUCCAGAGCAGCAUAGAUCUGAGUGACCAUUGCAAGGGCACCAUUAGCCACCUGGUGGUUUCCUCGCGGGGCGAGUAUCUGGUGGCAGGAACCUCCGAUCACACCGUUGCCGUUUGGAAACUCCACGGAAAUCAGUACAAGCACCUUUUAAAUUUGCCGCGGCAUCGAGCUGCAACAACCGCUCUGUCGAUGCACGAGGAUCAUCCACAGGUUGUGGUGGCCUACGCCAAUGGUCGCCUGGUGGAAUACGAUCUGGUAAAGCGAGGCUUCACCUGCGAAACGGAUGAGUACCUGAUACCUGACACAAAACACCACUGCAUAACUGGGAUCAGUUUGGAUCCCAGGAAUCCCAAUAUCUUUCUUGUCCACACCGAAAACAACUUGUAUGCCCUGGAGAGGAAUCAGCAAGCGGAGCAGGAGGACUACGAAGUCAAUAGUAAGGCCAAGAGGCAAUCAAAGGAUAAUCGAUCUAAGGGUUCUACGAGUUCGAAGGGUUUGGUUCUGAAGUCGGAAUUGUCACGACAGCACCUGGUGCACGUGUCCCGGCUGAGCUCUAACGAACUUGUCAACGUCAGCAUUUCAACAAACAAUCUGUUGGCUCCGCUGCCGCCGCCGUACCAGCGGAAGAAGUUUGGUGCCUCGUAAACAGGAUGAGGAUGGAAUUUCUGGCGGAUGGAUGAAUGGAGGGCCUUUGCUUAGGUUUACCCAGUAGUUUCCACUUAGUUACCAAAUAAAAUCAAA